AUGUCCGAAACAAAAUUAGUUGCCUCAAAGCAAGAAAAAGAUAAAUUGGAACUAGAGCAUAGGGAUUACGCUGCGGAUGCAAAUCAAAAAGGAAUUGCCAAACUACUAGAAAACUCUAGCAUAAUAUUAAAUCAGAAUAACUCAAAGGGAACUCGUAGUUCUACUGAAAUCAAAGGUAACGAAUACAUAUGCACUUCUAAGUAUCAAGUAGAAGUAGAUCGAAAUCGGCAACAGAGGUGUAACCCAUCGAAGGAAGCUCCAGAUCAAAAUCAAUCUAGAGGAAAACCCCUAAUAUCCCCACGUCCACGUACAUCGUCAGGCAAACUUUGUGCUAAUGAAAAGCCAAGGUGGAACUCUUCCAGUAAAAUAGAUAGACGUGAUUUUUCUCUCGAGAAACUAACAAAAAAUUGGAAACCAAUACCUUCAAAAUGCUUCAAUUCAGGGCAAAGUGAUCAAUUCGUCUAUGGUCGGCUCUAUAGAUCCAGUUCACUAAAAAGAUCAUUGUCUUCACCGCCUAUUAAAUCUCACGAAGAAGCGAGUCAGAAUGUCACUUCUCGGAUUUCUGAAAAUGAAAUAUCCUCCCAAAAUUCCCGGAAUAUGGCUCCCAAAGCCACUGUUUCACUAUCAAAAAGUGUGAAUCAGGCAGAUAACGACGAUUCCACCCCCAAUUUACCUUUACUCAAAUCUUGUCAAAACGAAAACGAAUGUUCCAAACAUUCUGUAUCUUUGAAAUCGACGAAAGCAACGGUUUCAAAAAAUGGUUUGAAAUAUAAAGAUUGCCAAGAACAUACCUCUGAGCACUCGUCUAAUUACUCGUCUACUUCAAUAAAUGAGGAAACACCUGGAUUGCAAAAUAGGAAUGUAAUAAAUGAAAGUCUACCACUUCUAUCAACAUCACCAAGCGAAUCUUGCUCAGUGGAUUCUUUUGAAUGUUUCAAAUUAGAUCACGCUUUGGCAUCUGUUGAAUCGGAUGGUUAUAAUGUGGGACCAAUAAUAUUACACCUUAUUAAUCAAACUGAUCAAAUGGUAAUUUGUUCGGUGCCCAAGAGUGAAUAUAAACGAAAGAGGAUUCAGUUAAGUGGAGAAAAUAAGGGAGAUUAUUUACCAGUUAAUCCCUCAAAUACCACAAGGCCAUUCAACACCCCUCCUUCAGUGUUUUACGCUAAUGAGAACGACGUGUCAUUGGAAGGUCAUCAAUACGAGUCCGAUGUUCAGUCCUUUAAGACGUCACUCAAGCCAGCGAUUGCAUCGAUUAUUGAUGAAUCUAACCUUUUUAAUAUCCUAAAUUCUGCUCAGGAACAUGGUGGUUACGUUGCAAUCAAUCAAACAUUGCCAGAAAAUAUGCCUUCUCACAGCAAAUCUUCGAGCCUCGAUGAACUAAGUGACUACUCUUUGAGUCUCUCCAUGACUGAUCUUCACAAUUACAGUGAUUAUGACGGUGAAUAUUUAUUUGACCAAAAUAGCCCCAAUGGUGCAGAGUUUCAAUAUGAAAUUUCAGCGAAUAAUGCGGAUCGUUGGAAGAGACACACCGAAGAAUAUGGAGCAGAGUUCAUGGGAUGUUAUGAUGAAUUCUCAGAAGAUUUUCUUUGCAAUAAUGAACCAUCUUUUGCUAAUGUAUCGAAUGCCAAGGAUAUGGAUAAAUUGCACAGUUUCUCUGACGAUAUUUCAGCGACAAUCGCAGAAAUGAAGCAGUAUACAAAAGAGGUGAAAGAAAACAAACCUCUACCCAGCAACUCCAAUUUCAUAAGGCCACCGGAGAUAGAGAAUAUGAAACUUUUCCUGACUCGUCCUGGUGGCCAUUCUUCAUCAAUUUCCCUUACUACCAACAACAAACCCCUUCUGUCAACUCAAAUUGUCAAUGAAACAACAAUAUUACCGCAAAAUUCAUUAAUUGAUGAAUUUCCUGGAUCUCGACGUAAUUAUGCAAAACUGCAAUCUCCUGAAUAUAUUCUCCGUCGAUACCCACCGGAAAGACUCGGAAAAGAAAUGGAUAGGCUACGGGUUGCUCUUAUCGGAAUUCGUGUGCGAUUUAAAAAUGAAGGCAUAACGAAUAGAGCCGUUGCAAAGGAACUUAGACAGAGUUAUAGAGGAGUUAUAUCGGCUCUUCGCGAUCUUUUUAAUUCCGAAAAGGACACUAAAUGUAUGAAUAUAUUGAACGCUCUCAGAUCCAUGAUGGUUCAGUGCGUUGAGCAAUUUGCUGUUAUAAUCACCAACAAGGUCAUUCCUAACAACUGGUUGCCAAAUUGGGACAAAGCUAUUCUAAUGCGACAUAAUUAUGCUUAUAUUAAAUCUGCCCAUAUAAAUAGAGGAAUUCUGUUUGUGGAUGAGAGUUUUCCCAACACGCCCGCAACUGUUGAAUCAUUAUCUGGGGAAAAUCCAUCGCCACCGGAAUUCAAAAGGAUUUGGGAAAUCUCAGAAUAUCCUGUUAUUAAAGCUGAAGGCCCACCCGGUGCUAUAUGUCUUGGAUCUCUUUCCAACGUAAAUUUCAUUUCAGCAAUUUCUAUGAUUGCAGAGAGAAGCCAGCUGCUUGAAAAUUUAUUUCCUGACCUGAAAGAAAUGAAUGAUUUGAGAUAUGUCAGAAACUAUACUGGUGCAUUUAGAAUUCGUUUCUGGAUUGACGGUGUUUUUACAUUUGUCGUGAUUGAUGAUGCAUUACCAAUGAUAAAUGGGAAAAUUAUCUGUCCGCAUUCUUCAAAUCAAAAUGAAUUUUGGCCUUCUCUUUUGGCAAAAGCUUAUGCUAAGUUGCUUGGUGGUUAUGAUCGACUGGAAAACUUGCGCCUUGAAGAUGUCUUACAGGAUUUGACUGGAUGCGUUAUGGAUACGAUAACAUUUCAAGAUGUGAUCGCAGCAAACGAUUUUCGUAAAAUUGAACUAUUUGAAACCCUUGGGCAGUCUUUAAAUGAAGGCUCAAUAGUUCUCUUGUGUACAAAAAGUGAUCUCAUUUCUAAAGAAGCUGCUGACAAAUCUAAGGAGGAUUCCCCCACUGAAAAUAAAUCAAAUGACUUUUCCGAUGAGUUAUGUGCUCCAAGGCGUCUUGGAAGUGUUGAUCAGGCCACGGGGUUAUGCUCCAACCAUGCAUAUAUGUUGACCAAAACCUGCGUCGUUCCUAAAGAUCCCAGUGCCAUGGGUGCUGUGCUUACAGCUCUGAAAUUAACUAAAGACACUCCUAAAGAUCGUCUUCUUCGUUUGAGAUCUGAAUGGGAGAAUUUGAGCAUAAAAGAUCGUUCUAGAAUUGGACUGGUGAGUUCCACAGAGGCUGAAUUCUGGAUGCCACUCUCCGCAAUUCUCACGCACUUCACUGGAGCCAUUGUAGCUCGUCUACCGAAGACAGGAAUGUUUGCAUCUUUCAGCCUCUCUGAAUACAAUGGGAUUUGGAGGGCGGAUAAUAGUGGUGGCAGUCUUGACUUCAGAAAUUCUUUCCUUCAGAAUCCACAGUAUCUUUUCGAAAUGGUGAAAGAUACACCCGAGGAGGUCCUUGUGUCCCUUAGUCGGAAGUACACAUGGGAUUUGGAGACACGAAAAGUUGUUGAACAAACCUCAUCCCCUGCUAUCGGCUUCGCUCUACUCAAGGUGGAAAGCAAUAGAGAUGUGAAGGCACACCUUCUUUCUUCCUGCUCUGUAGUGGAUGCCCAUCCAACGAAAAGCCAUCGAGCAGUGUUUGGUCGAUACAAUCUCUCCCAUGGUCGAUAUGUCCUUGUUCCAUUCCUUAAAGAACCUCAACAAAAAGGCGAUUAUUUCCUUCGAUUAUAUCUUCCACGGAAUGUGAUGAACAAAGAGCUCAUCUAUGACAAACCACCAAAAGGGCCUUUUGAAUUCUUCACUGGAUCGCCCAAAAUAAUCACUCGAAUUGAGAUACUUCGAGGUGAAAAUCUAGAAAGUCUGAAAAAGAAAAGCUUUGGAAAGAAAUCUACGUCCUCGCCCUAUUGCAAGGUUUUCUGUGAAAAUAGCUCUUGCACAGGGCAAAUGAUCUCCGACAAUACAAAUCCCACGUGGAAUGAGUCUUUUAUAUUUUUUCGCACCAAACCAAGUAAGCAACCAAUCAGAAUCGAGGUUUAUAAUAAACAGGCUUUUGGAGCAGAUGAAUUUCUUGGAGAAGGUAUUUUAAAUGCUCCAGAGUCGACUGAGAAUGGCGAUCGUGAGGUAAAUCUCUUUACGAAGGCAAGAAAUAUUGCGGAUCGAGUUCGGUUAAAGGGAACGAUCCAUGUGUCUAUAACCACUGUGGAUAUGGCUAAUUUUAUGGAGAUAUAA